CCGUCAGACAUUAUCCGCCGUCUCUCGCGCCGUGCGCAGACCCGUCAGACAGGGCUUUGAGUCGCUGUAAUGUGCCAUAUUGGACGGACUCGCUGACACAGCGCACUUUUUCACCCUCACCCCCCUCCUCUGUCUGUCAGGCUGAAGAUGGUGGCAGGCGGCUAAUUCCAACUUCGGACUGCUUUGUUUUUCUUCCUGCAAAGCGCACUUCAUUGUUGAGCGGCCGUCUGUCGCGCACGUCUCCACGGUCACCUGUUCUGCUCCACAGUGAGCCUGGGAUGACGGAAGUGGAGCCUGUGCUGGACUUUGCCUCUUCGGGCCGCUCUGGGAGGCGAAAUGCCCUCCCAGACAUCCUUGGAUCCCCAGCAGGAGUAAAUCCUGGCGACCUGCCUCUUAAACUGGCUGAGCUGUCUCUCGAAGAUGGCCCUGGAGGAGCUCAGUCACCCACGGCAGAGGGGCCUCCCGCACCACCAGAGAGCUCAGAGGAGAAAAAUGGAUCGUAGAACCUUGCUUGUUUAACUCCCUGAAGACAAUGCAGAGAUCAACUUAAAAAAUGGGGAAGAAGCAAGGCAGGGAACGACCUGUGGAAGAAUGAGCAGAGUUUGUCUGCAUCUCCUUCGUUGUGGAGCAGCAGUAGCUCAGCGGGACACAGAGACACCGGGGGAGAGGAACCCAAGAGAGGACUGAAGACUGGAGCUUAAGACUGUUCAACACUUUGCACUAUAUGAGAAGAUUCUGAUGACACUUGGUUCCGAGUCUGUUGGUGUUUAUCUGUGCAAAGGUGGUGCAUACAACCACUGAGAAGACAAUGCGGUUAAUCAAAGGGAUUGUAAAAGAUUGCCCUCUGUACAUUACUAUUUUUCUAUGUUUUAUUUAAAUCAAGGAACUCGUAGAUAUAAUUUUUCCUGCUUUUGCUUUUUUUUCCCUUUUCACUACAGUCUACAGGUUGGAAACUUUUUACCCCAUCGGCACAAACUAAUACAUAACUUCAGUGAAUUAUGAAACUUUUUUCUGGUCUAGCUUUAACCCUAAAUCUGAAAUUUUGUCUAUAUGUAUUCAAAUCUAAAGCUAGGCUGUGCUAUAGUUGUUAAGUUCUUCCAGUUAGACUUUUCAUUUAUUUCAUAAAUUUUUGCUGUUUAAUUAAUUGGAGCAAAUAGUGUGGUUUCCACACUUUGAGACAUUCCUCUACAGAACAGUGUUCUGUUGCCAGUUAUGCCCAAUACCGUUUUAUGACAUAGCUGAUAGUUUGAGUUAUUUACAUUUCUUUAUAGUUUUGAUGAUGGCUGCUGACUUUUCUAAAUCUCUGAAAGUUUGUGCCUAGAGGUGGUUAAGCUAUAAAGUACUGUUAUCUUCUAACUAUGGGGUACUAAUAUUUCCUCAGAUGUAACUAGAGGUCCAUCUUCACUACUGUUAGGAAACCUGUUCUGUAAAGCCGCUCAUUUUGUCUCGACUAAAGCAUAUCCCUGUACAAACAUUUCACACUGGGAGCACGGCAGCACGCCUCGCCACCCAGAGGAGAGUCUGCCUGUGUUCAUCAACACCGAAGUGGAGCUGUGAAUUGGCUGUAGGGCUGUGCUAGAACAGACAGAGUCCUGCCACGUCAGUUAACCGCUCAGUGCUCUUGUACUGUAUAUAAACUGUACUGAAGUAUAACUCACAUGUCAUACCUUGUGGUUACCAGACUGUACCUGCAUAACUUACCUACAAAGAAAUGCUGUUUUGAAAUUGUCUCUAUUGGAUAAAUGUUGUCGGUGACUGUCUUUGUAUGGAUGUGAUCUCACGAUUGCAACAAGUGAAAACCUUGUGCGUUGCUCUUUUUCAGAAGCUGUAAUCCCAACAUGAUUGUUUUCAUAAAGCCGUCUGACCCACACCAUAGAUUAGGGGUGUAUUUUCUAGUGUCCUGAUCUCUUCAGUGGUGCAGAUGUUUCACUUAGCUGGCCUGAAUCUAUAAUGUUGAUUCUAUCUGGUUGUGAAAAUUGCCAUAUUAAACUCACAAGCUUUACAUAUUCCUCUGUGUGGAAAGCCAUUUGUACAGUGGGAUUUUAUAACUUUGCAAACCCUCUUUUAUCAUCUGAUUUCUGACAGCGUUGAAGUACCCACGACGUUUAGUAUUUAAAGCACUUUUUCUGUGGUUUCACUAUAUAUGUCUUUUUCCAAACAUUUUUCUUGUUAUUUUGUGUUUCUUUUUCUGCUCUAAGACAAGUCACAGCACAAUGAUAGCUUCCCAAUCCCCUCAUUCGACUGUUAAUAGUCCGUAAGAGUCAGUCAUAAAUUGAGUUUUGUCACUAUUUAAAAUAAAAGCUUUGCUUUCUGAGUCAAGAAAAAACCAUCACAUUUAAAAGUUCUAAAAUUAGAAUGAAAGGCAGAUCUUUAACUCCUUUACUAUAAAACCAGCUCCUUCUAUUUUCUUAGGUCAAAUUUUGAGACUUAAA